CAACUGUCUUACUUCUUUCCCCAUCUCCAUCCCCAUUUCUUCCAACCCUCUAAAACUCCCUGCAAAUAUGCCUACUUCUUCACUUUUUGUAGUUUCAAAAUGCACAAUUUACCCUGAUCAUCAUACAUCGCUUAAUAAUACCUUAAAACUCUCUGUUUCUGAUCUUCCUAUGCUUUCUUGCCAAUACAUUCAAAAGGGUGUUUUGUUAACUCAAUCUCCUUUUGAAUCUUCAAAUUCCCUUAUUUCCCAUCUCAAAACUGCACUUUCGAAGACCCUUUCUCAUUUCCCACCACUCGCCGGACGGUUAAUUACGGAUUCUGAUGGAUAUGUUUACAUCCUAUGUAACGAUGCCGGAAUUGAUUUUGUACAUACCAAAGCACCCCAUCUCAUGAUUUCAACUCUUGUUCCACAAAAUCAAUCUGAUAUUCCCAUUUAUUUCAGAAAAUUCUUCCAAUUUGAUAAAACACUUAGUUAUGCUGGACAUCAUAAACCCUUAAUGGCGAUUCAGGUUACGGAGCUAAACGACGCCGUGUUCAUCGGAUGUACCAUGAAUCACGCCGUCGUUGAUGGAACAUCCUUCUGGAAUUUCUUCAAUACUUUUGCAGAGUUUUCAAAAGGGGAGAUGAAGAUUACUAGGCAGCCGUGUUUUGGGCGUAAAACGGUAUUUGAUUCACCGGCGGUGCUUAAGUUCCCGGAAGGUGGACCGUCGGCGACUUUCUCCGGCGACGAGCCGUUGCGUGAGAAGAUCUUCCAUUUUAGCCGAGAAGCUAUUUUGAAGCUCAAGCUCAGAGCUAACAAAACGGGAGUUAACGGUAAAACUAACGGAAAGAUAACGCCAGUUAAUGAUGAGACGGGUUUGAAAAACGGCGCGGCUAUGAAGAAUUCGGCUUCGGAGAUUUCGUCGUUUCAGUCGUUAAGUGCUCAGCUGUGGAGAUCCGUGACGAGGGCUAGGAAAUUGGAAGGGAACAAAACGACGACGUUUAGGAUGGCGGUCAAUUGCCGACAUCGGUUGGAGCAACGGUUGGAGCCGCUCUAUUUUGGGAACGCGAUCCAAAGCAUCCCAACCAUUGCUUCGGUUAAGGAGUUGUUAUCUAACGACUUAUAUUGGAGUGCGAAUCAGCUACAUCAAAAUGUAGUGGCGCAUGGUGAUGUCACCGUGCGCCAAGGUGUAAAGGACUGGGAAAGUAACCCUAGGUUAUUUCCUUUAGGAAAUUUUGAUGGAGCUAUGAUUACUAUGGGAAGUUCACCUAGGUUUCCAAUGUAUGAUAAUGAUUUUGGGUGGGGUCGACCGGUUGCGGUCAGAAGUGGCAUGGCUAAUAAAUUUGAUGGUAAGAUCUCCGCCUUCCCCGGACGAGAAGGAAAUGGAACUGUUGAUCUUGAAGUUGUUUUGGCACCCGAGACAAUGGUGGGACUUGAAGAGGACAUGGAAUUUAUGCAAUAUGUUUCUUAAUGGUGUUUAUUAAUGUGCAAAAAAAAUCGAAUCAAGGUGUUUAAAUGGAAAAUUUGUAAGUUUAUAUACAAUGCAAGUUUAAAUGGUCAUUUCGCAAUUGUGUUUUAUGUAACAAAAUGUGUGAAGAUUUAUAUUGAACAAUACUUUUCUAAGUAAUUGAAAAAAA